CGGUUGAGCUUGUGAGCAGUUGUGCCUGACAUGGACAGUUAAUGAGCAACAAGCGCAUAUUUAUGGAGCUCAUUGAUGUUCUGACCGUGGUGGUAAUCGUUCACCAUGUCAAGCUCGUGAGUUGGCUGUGCGAAGUGGUGAAAAUGAUGGCUUUUGCGUGCUGUCUACUGGCUUCCUAGCUCCUGCUUGUUAUCUUUCUUCUGAGGCUGAAGAAACCACUCUGUGAUGGCUUUCUUAAGGUUUUCUCAUUUUUGGGCGUGUUUGGUGAUGUCGAUAUGCUUGCAGGGAGGCGACUCGGCUGUUUUCAUACAUUUUAACAGCACUCCACCUGCUAGAACGCGAUUUACUGAUGCUAUUUUCAAGUACUCCCUGCUGGACAAGUAUGGCGGUAAUCCAUGUUCCAAGAGUGACUGCUCUUUGAACUGUAAGCUUGACGGUCAGCCUCUUAAAACUUGUCCAGUUGGGCGUCUAACGUUGAAGAAUUUGACUGCAAAUCAGUAUCACGUCCUGCACUUGAAAACUGCAACCUCAGUUGGAGAAAUAAAUUCUACUUCUUACAAAUGGUUCAUAGAUACCAUUGCGCCAACUGCUUCACUUUCCAGUCCAGCUGGCUUUACAAAUGCUGAGAAUAUCUCCAUCGACAUUACUUUUACUGAGGCCUGCACCGGUGGAGGUGGAUUUAGGUGUGUAAUGCUUCGACUUGCCCUGUACAAGUGAACGGCCCUGCCAGUUUAGAUGCAUCAACAUUUCAAGCAAUUAAACCAGACUACAAAUAUAGAUUGGUUAUUGCUCUUUCAACAAGCAUUCAGUAUGGACGUGUGGUGGUUGAAUUGGCAGAUAACUUCUGUUCUGAUCAGGCAGGAAACUUGUUUACGAGAUCAAAUGUUUCACAUUUCAUUGUGCGAUUCGACAGACGACCAGUGCUCGGCAGUUUAUGGACAGUCAUUCCUAAUUACAAAUUGGAGAUCAAUGGGAUCCCACGGACUGUAUUAGCAACUAACCAAAUGGAUGACCUGAAAUUUUUCUUGGACUUCAGCGAUCCUAUAGUAAACACAACAGAGGACAUAUUAAAGAUGUUGCGAACCACUGUAGGUCGACCCACACCAAUCCACUGUAAAAGCCGUGGAAAUAGGCGAUUUGGCUUUCGGCUAAAAAAUGUGUCCAGAUCUGAGAUAAUCACAAUCAAGCUCCAGUCUUCUUCUCUUAUUGGACGAACAGGUGCUGCCGUGUCCUAUGUUUUGCCUUUAAUAUUCCUCUAUGAUUCAAGAAGGCCAGAGGUAAAGCUGAGUACAUUAGGAAAAGCUAUAGAACCUAUCGUCAAUGUGAUGGUUGAGUUCACAAAGCGUGUGUUUGGAUUUGAUUGUACUGGGAUACAAGUGGGUGGGGGGAAAAUUGCAAGGUUUAAAGAGCUUUCAAAAGCUCUCUAUUUAAUAACUAUUAUGGGGGAACCUGGGAAUGCUGUAUCUAUACUUGUCCCAGAAGGAAAAGCAAAUGAUAUCUCUGGAAAUACAAAUUUGGCUUCCAACGACUUGAAAGUGAUGUUCGAUAUUGUACCUUCAGUCUCUAUAGGGCUGUAUUCAUUCGUGACUGUAGGCUUCUUAGCAACUUCCUUAGCAGCUACUUCUCUUGCAUUGGCCUCCGCAAAUCUUGCUGCUACAGGUGCAUUGAUUGAGGAGCUGGCAGGUGCAGAUCCAUCUAGAAAUCUUCUAGGAAUGGUUGGACACCUGCAAGUAUUUGCCUUAUCGAGUUGGCUUUCAUCAGAGUUGUCAGAAGAAUAUUUUCAUACUGUAAAAGGUCUCAGGUGGCUCAUUCCCCAUGCUCGUGUUCCAUGGAAGAAGGAAGAUACAUCUCUAGAGGUUUACCAUCAGUAUCCAUAUGGAGGUGCUGACUCAUUGCAGAUUACAUAUGGAGACUGGCAUACAAAACAACCUCUUAAUGAUAGAGAAAUAGAUGGCUAUGUUGGAACCCGAUUCAUAAACUAUGGUCUUCUACUCAACUCCACCGAGUACUUUACAUAUUUUCUGCGCCGGGAGCCAUUAUCUGCAGCCAAUGUGAUAAGCAACAUUAGCAAUUACACAGGAUGGCAGGAUUUCCAGAAGAACAUGUUCUGGCUUGGUACCGUGGGUGGUAGUUUAGUUCUGCUGCACUUAUUGAUACUCUUCUUGCUAAAAUGGAGAACAAGAUCAUCAGCCAAAGGGGAACUCUCCCUUCCAAGAUUUGAAAUUUUUCUUAUGAUUAUCUUGCUUCCUUGUUUAUGCCAGUCAUCCGCUUUUGUUAUUAGAGGGGGCACGACUGGCGGAAUCACUGUUGGGGCGCUUCUGUUGGCUCUUCCUGUUGCACUUGUUCUAUCAAUCUGCCUUUUCAUGAUAACUGCAGUAUUCAUUGGGAACUUCGUACAAUAUAAGAAAAUUAUCAUUGACAACGGCGAGAAGGUAACAUGGCAUAGCCGUCUCUUGGAUGCAAUUGCUGGGAAACAUACAAUAGGGAAAUGGUGUCAAAUGGAUAGGUUGCCAUCUACUUUUCUUUCAAGAUUCGGGAUUCUAUUUGAGGAUUUAAAAGGUCCUCCGACCUUGGUGUUUGUUGAGAACAGUGAACCUGGGAACGUCCCCACCUGGGUCACCAGUGACCGCAGUGGCAUUGGAAGGAUGAGGGCCAUAAGUUCUGAUGAUGGCAACAAUGAUGCUCCUCUGCCUACUAUAGAGAGGAUUUCUGGCUCUGCUGACACAGCGUACAUAGUUAUUGAUCUUAUCAGAAGAAUAUUUCUCGGCAUUGUCUUUGGCGCCUAUCCACUCGAGGCCUCGCGCCACCAAAGCAUUCUGGCCCUUAGUUUCACUAUGUUGCAAUUCCUAUACCUAUUUCUGCUGAAGCCCUACAUCAGUAGGGGAGUUCAGAUGGUGGAGAGCGUCUCCCUCCUGUGUGAAGCUGGUAUUUUUGGAGUUUCUUUCUACAAUCUACGGACUCGCAAACUAGAAGACCAAAAGGCGAUCGGUAUUUGGAUGCUUGCCCUGUUUCUGAUGAGCUUUAUAGGACAGCUCUUGAAUGAAUGGUAUGCACUGAUCAAGUGUCUGCUAAGGCUUCCACAAUCUGAGAAUCCUUCUUUUAGUUUAGGAAUGAGGUUUGUUGCAAAAGGCCUUGUUAUUCCUUUCCUUCCAAGGAAGUAUUGGUCGAGAUUUGUUUCCCGCAAAUUCUCUGAACCAAAAACAUGUCUAGUCCCAGUGGUUCCAUUAAAUCCUGGGCCAAAGAUGGGGAACAGAAGGGGCGGCCCAAUGCAUGUUGACACAGCAAGUGCGUCGUCUGCAACUGUGGUUCCUUUGUGCCUUCCAGACUCACCAGUUCUUGAUGACCAGCUUCAGUUGUCAACUCCCUUGCCAGAAAUUGCAGCAGUGGCUCAUUUAGGAUCAAUCCCCAGAGGCACCUCUUCAAGCACCAAGAAGAAAAAGAUGAGAACAGCGGAUUUGAAGAGUCCAAAGGGACUCAAACUUGCUUCCAAAAAUGAGAUAAAGCUAAGAGAGUUGGCGAAAGCUAGUUUUCCAGGAAGUAGAACUACUGAAGGGGUUGGUCCCAGCAAUGCUGCGCAGGACUCCUUGUUUGGAUCCUCUGAUGAAUCGGAAGCCUCAUCUCUAAUAGCUCAGUAGAUGAAAGGUCAACUGGAAGAUUCUUUCCUCUAAUGGUGCUUAAGAAUCCCAACAUCCUUAUUAUCAGAGGAGAUUAGGGUAACUAGCAUCCCAAAUUGUGGGCACCUGCAGAAGCAGUAGUAUGUUUCGGGCUAGUCUGCGGCCCUUGUUGUACCUAUGUUUUGAGUUUAUUUGCAGGCCUUGUUCUGUAUCAGGCUGAUGCCCUCUAUUCGUGCCCCUUCAUUUUGCCUUUCUGGAGCAAGGAAUCCUGUUGAGCUGUGUAUCAUAUUAGAUUUUUUCUGGCUGUCACAAAUCUGGAGAACAUGGAAA